UUUCCCGAACAAAUUGUGCUUUGGCCGUUAUGAGAUGUCUAUGUUAAAACAGAAAAAAAUUUACAAAGUAUAGUAGAAGUAUUUCAACUUCUUUCUGAAUUAUUUAACAAUAAUAUAAUAUAUAUUUUUUAAAGUUAAGUAUCUCUUGGUUUGUCGAUAUCCUUGAAAAGUGAUUGAGACAUGUUUUUGUAUUAUUCUUCAAUUUUACAUCGUUUUACUCCAACAGAGUAUUAAUAAAAAAAAAUUGGUGCUGUAUGUCAACUGUUAGGGAAGAUACUAAUAAUAAUGACCCAAGAUCUUUCCAAAGUUCAUUAUAAAAAAUGUAGAUACCCAUCAUGUAAUCUCACAUCUCGAGAUGGAGUUCCUGGUCUUACAUUUCACGCAUUUCCUGUUCGACAAGCAGAUCGUUGCGUGAAAUGGCUGGUUAACUGUGGAUUAGAUGAUUGGGUUGAAAUGUCUGAAAAAGAUUUAAAACUGCGAUACAUUUGUAGUAGACAUUUUUCAGAAGACAACUUUUAUGCCACUGGUCGAUUAAAACGCGAAGCUGUACCAAUAAUUUUAGGCUUAGAAAAUCCUAAUCUAAAAACAAGUAGAAAUACUUGCAAAUUGCGUAAAGUCGUUUCAACGGAAACAGAUUUUUUGAAAAAGCAAAUUGAAAAAUUAGAAAAUAAAUUGGAAAAAGAACGACAAAAAAGAAUAGAAUGUCGUGCAAAAUUGUGUGCAACAAGAGUUGCAUUAUCUCGGCUGAAAUCUAAGCUUAGUGAAGGUACUUUUCAAGAUAUUUAUUUGAAUAAAGCUUUGGCUAAUAGAUUGCAAGGUUUUGUAUUGACUUUCAUUCGAAUGCAACUAUUUCAUAAACAAUCUACAUGUUACACUACUGAUGAGCAACGUUUAUGUAUGAUGAUGCAUUGUAUUUCUCCAGCACUUUAUUCGAAAAUGCGGGACGAUUUCAAAUUUGUGCUUCCAAACGAAGUGACAAUGGUUAGAUGGUUUAAUAAGCUUAAUAUAUCACCGAAAAAAGCUAAUUUGUCAGGGUCCUUCAAUUUUGAAAAAAGAGAACAAAGUACGGAAUUGAAACAACAGGGCAAAUUAAUUAUAACACAAUGCGAAGAAGAACCAGAGAUGGAGGUUCAUGCAUUUUCUCCGUUAAAUGAUUUUAUGGAAACUUUGGAGGGAGAUGUAAAUGAAGGGGAACAAAUGGAAAUCUUAGAAGAUGAUUCGCAGAAAGAAUAUACAGAAGAACAGUUGGAAAGUGUAGAAAAUGAUAAAUUGGAAAAUAACAUCAUUUCUGAUGAAAUUAACCAGUCAUUAGAUUCAUCUUCAGAUAAAGAGGAUGAUGAUCUAGAAUAUGUUGCCGUGGACUACAAUGAAACAAGAAUUAAGGAAAAAUGUCUGUUUGUAUCGUGUUUAGAAGAUAAAAAUGGAAGGCAAAUUGUGGCUGAAGUACUGGAUUUUAAAAGUGCGAAGGUUGGUGAUGAACUUGAUGUGAUAGAAGAACUAGAAAACGUUAGUGGUGAUUUUGAUUCAUCUCAAUCCAUAGAAGAAUCAGAACAGUAUAUAAUUGAACUGCAAAAAUAAUCUAAAACUAUUGUUCAUACAAUUUUAAAUUACAAAAAAUGAUGGAACAAUAUACAUUUAUUACUCUUAA